AUGAUAUCAUAUUAUGAGAUUUCGGGAUGCUAUAUAAUGAGACCUAAUUCAUACUUUAUCUGGGAAUAAAUAUAGAAAUACCUAGAUGAACAAUUUAAAUAAGAAGGAGUAUAAAAUUGCUAUUUCCCCAUGUUUGUUACAGAAGCAGCGUUAAAUAAAGAGAAAAAUCAUAUUGAAGGAUUUGCUCCAGAAGUUGCCUGGGUAACUAAAUCUGGACAAUCUGAUUUAGCGGAACCUAUUGCUAUAAGACCAACAAGUGAAACAAUUAUGUACCCCACUUUCGCUAAAUGGAUUAAAAGUCACCGAGAUCUCCCUAUUCUACUCAACUAAUGGUCAAAUGUCGUCAGAUGGGAAUUCAAACAUCCAACACCUUUUAUUAGAUCAAGGGAAUUUCUUUGGUAAGAAGGGCACACUGCACAUGAGUCACUCGAAGAGGCCAAUAAAUUAGCUCAUACGAUGCUUAAAAAAUAUGAAAAUUGCUACAAAGAACUACUAGCCCUCCCAGUAACAGUUGGGAAAAAGUGUGAGAGUGAAAAAUUUGCAGGAGCAGAUGAUACAUACACUCUAGAAGCAUUUAUCUCAGAGACUGGAAGAGCCAUUUAAGCUGCUACAAGUCAUUUAUUAGGAUAAAAUUUCUCUAAGAUGUUUGAAAUGAUCUUUGAAGAUAAAAAUAAAUAAAAAGUUCAUCCUUACUAAACUUCAUGGGGUUUCUCAACAAGGUCAAUAGGUGCUAUGAUUAUGACACAUUCUGAUGACAAAGGCCUUGUUAUUCCACCUAGAGUUGCUUAAAUAUAAGUAGUAAUAAUUCCUAUAAUAAAAUCUGGAUAAGAGCAAUUUGGUUAAUUAAUUGAGGAUAAAUGUCAAGAUCUGAGAGAUAGAUUGAGAGCGGGAGGAGUCAGAGUGCAUCUUGACACUAGGCUAAAUUAUACUCCAGGUUGGAAGUUUAAUUACUAUGAGGUGACAGGAGUUCCGGUUAGAAUUGAGAUUGGUGAGAUGGAACUUAAAUGCAAUGAAGUCACCAUAAAAACAAGAAUAUAAAUUACAUAGCAAUAAAAUAAUAAUGAUUAAAGUGAUAAAUCAAUAAAUAAAUGGGAAAAACUAAGCAUAACACACAAUUUUGCAAAUGAUAUUAAAGAGUUACUUGAACUAAUUUAAAGGAAUCUUUAUGAAAAUGCCUUAGCAAAACAUUAAAAUUAAGCUUUAAAAGCAGCAGUGAAUUGGCAAGAGUUUAUUCUCCACUUGAAUUAAAGGAAAAUGAUAGUUACACCAUGGUGCACUAAUUAGGCUUGUGAAGAUGAGAUUAAAGAAAGAUCCAAAGUAGAAUCAUAGCAAAGUGCUGAAGAGAUUGAGAACAUAAUGUCAGGUGCAGCUAAAGUAUUAUGUUAUCCUGCUUUUGAUAAUGAAAUAGAUGAUUUAGAGAAAUUGAAAAGAGAUUGUAUCCCUUGCUUCAAUUGUGGAAAAUAGGCUGAGCGUAAUGCUUUAUGGGGAAGAUCAUAUUGA